AACAACAAUUUCAAAAUCAAAGCUCUCUUCGGUUUGUUUAGUUUGUUCGUUCUUGGCUGCAGUAGCUAACGCUUAUGAUGGUGUCCGAGAGUCUUGGGGACCUGGUGUCCCAGUAUUUCGCUAAGGGAAUUGUACUUGUUAUAGCGGACUUGCUAAGUUUAAUAACAGUUUCGUCCUGUUUGGUUAUAAAAGUGCCGCAGAUAAAUACUAUACGGGAAAGCAAAUCGACGAAAGGCAUUAGUGUGCUGGGAUUAUGUCUGGAGCUUUUCAGUUAUACCGUUAUGAUAUCGUAUAAUUACACGUCAGGCUAUGAUUUCCUUUCAUACAUGGAAUAUCCUGUGCUGCUCCUGCAGGAAUAUGUGCUUAUCUAUUACGUAUUUAAGUAUCAAGGUUUGCUGGGCAAGCGUGCUCAGAUUUUUGCCAUAUUUUAUGUGGCUAUAGCAACGCUCAUCUACCUGAAGAUAUUUCCAAUUAUGAUACUAACUUUUCUGGUGCCAUUCUGCACACCGAUUGGAGCAACUAGCAAGGUACUGCAACUGGUGGCCAUUCUACGCAGCAAGGAUGCCAGCUCUGUAAGCCGCACAACCUGGGCGCUCUCUGCCUUUACCAACAUGACGCGUAUCUAUACAGUAUAUGUGCAAUCGCAUGAUUGGAUGCUGCUGUCAAACUUCUUGAUAUCCACGUUUCUCAGUUCCUCCGUGUUUGCCGCUGCUUGCGUAUACAAGAAGAAAGUGAAGAAAGCUUAAGUUUGUACAAAUCUUCCAGCACAAAUACUCAAAAUCGCUUUUAAAUAUUAAAACUAGUAUAUUUUAACUUAA